AUGGCCUCCUACUAUCCCGAGGGAGAAUGCUACUUUGUGAGAAGCUCUCUCACCUACGCUGGCCACUGGACAGCGGAGAACAGAGACCAGUUUUACAACACUAUCCUUCUGGAAUACUACUGGAAUGGCUGGCCAGCAACCGGCCAGACAUCCAGAAGUCAUACAAGGUCCCAGUGGAGGCAUGGGGUCGGCCAAGGCGUGGGGAAUAACACGCGAUUCGGCGACUGGGACAGAUUCUUCGUGGGCGAAAGCCGCGACAGAAACCCCGACAACAUGCUCAGAAUCCACAGUCAUCCCAACAGUCUGAACUGGAAUGAAUGUCGGGACCAUCUCAGAGGUGGUCCGAGAAAAUACAUCCUUCGUCCGGUGAGGAUCCAGGACAGAACCACGCAAUGGUUGUGGAUUGAUGCCACAAUCCCUCUGAGGGCCAUCUAUUUCCCCGUCUCUCAAACCACCGAUCAAGCAUUCCAGAAUCUUUGCACCUAUGUCGUUAUCGACUUUAGACACAGAACACAGCUUGAUAUUAUCAAUCUGACUGGGCAAUAUCAAAGGAUCGGUGUCACAACACACAACGGCCUCGGGUGGAGAGAUGACUUGACCUGGGGCUUCAAGAUCCCUGACAUCAUCACCUAUUUGACCAUACCGCACAAGCUACGCAAUCCGGACCAAGGCUUGUUCAGAACUAAAACUCGCGGAGAUGAGUUGGUCGUUUGUGCUUGGUCAGGAAGGACCUGGAGAAGUUCUACUUCGAUUCUCCGUCAUGAGGAUUUCUUCCGCGAGAUGGAUCUAGCCAACAUCCUCAGUGCAACUUUUGGGGUUGAGGUCGGCUGGAGACCCUACCAGUACUCUUCGUUUCUCAAGAACCUGGUUAUCCAAGUUGUUGGACUCGGCCUUGGGUUUAUUCCCGGAGUUGGCCCAAUCUUGUCUGUUGCCUUUGGAAUAGCAGUUCAACUGCUCCAAGAUCCGAAGUCAUUCAGUCACGAGAACGUCCUCGACCUCAGUGCUGCAGUCUUGGACAGCCUUCUCCAGUCAUCGGGAAGAUCUCAGAAGUAUCUGGCACCAGACUUCCUCUCUAAGUGUUCAUCAUGUGACGGUGAGCAAAGAGAUCUUCCUUUGACAGACGAAGAGCGAGAGCGUCGAAAGGAAUUCGGCGAAGAGCUCAACGCCCGUCUAACUGAGGAAAUGACUCAGCGAUUGGUCAUACGUUCGCUACUUGAGCAGCAAUUGCUGCUGCAGGGGGUUGCCGAGGAAGAAGAGAGCACGGUCGAAGAGAUAGCCUCGAAUGAUGUGGCACCAGAUAAUCAAGAUGCGCAGGAAACGAGCGAGAAGCUCGAAUGA